GUGCGUCUCGGAGAGCAACCAGCCGAGAAAAUCCGCGAGUUCCCGUCGUGUCUCGAGAGUCGCGUGAAAAAACGGUCCGCGAAAACAAGUUUUCUAGUUUGUAGCAUCAGCGGCCAGCCUGCCUCAAAAUGUCCGAUGAAUCAGCCCAGUCCGUGCAGAGUAAUUAGCUUGGUGCAUAUACAAGACGAAUCGACAAUUGGUGGCCCCGCGGUUGGACAUUCCGUUGGCUUCCACCAAGAGACCGUUCUCAUGCAAUGUCUGCUUUCGAUGAACUGAAACGUCUCAGCCCGAUCGACGAACUGAAAUCUCCCACGGUGCACGUGAUUCGUGAGGUCUAUGAAGGAGAAAACGCACACGAAACCUUCGAGCUUGAGCUGGAUAAAGCCCUGUAUGCCAAGGCGGACUACAUUAUCAUCGAACCGACGCGGCUGGGUGAAGAAACGGGCCGAUGGAUCGCCGUCGGGAAUUGUCUGCACAAGACGGCAUUCCUCAGUGGGCUGGCAUCGGUGGCGACCGGACUGAUAUGGCGCGAUAGAUUAGCAUUUUGUGCACCCCUAUGUGCAGUAUCGGUGUUUUGUACCGGACUGUAUACAAUCUCUUGGUCCUGCGAUCCCUGUGUUCAAUAUCAAGUUGAAAAAAAUCCCAAAAGUCUGUCAAAAGUACCGAACGUGAACGAUUUCUCUUCGCCGAUUGUGUUAGUGUACACCAGCAAUAAAUGCUCCAAAUAUAGCAAUCGGAUAGUGACACUGCUGGCUGCUUCGUACUGCGCUUGGCGUAUUUAUCAGCUCUUCAAGUAAACUUGGUUUGCAUUCAUUUGGUUGCGGUUCAAGAAUGGCUUUCAAAUCUGUCGAUAGGAUGCCGUAUUUUUAGCGGGGUUUCAAAUAUUGUGUAUCUUACUAUAUGUCUGAAUUUAUUAGGGAAAUGGUUUUUAAAUUAUUCUUUUUGAGGAUUGCACUAGAAACGAUGCAAUGCUGAGAAGCAAGCAUUGGUAUCACGUACUUGCAAUUAAUUGCAAAACAGCAAAGCAGAAUAUCGAAUUUUGUUACGAUUGUUACUCCCGCUUUCUAGUGCAAACGUUAAGCGAAAAUUGUUGAAAGUUUCUAAUAUAAAUAAAACAAACUUUAAUGGCUUUCGGCUUGAGGAAUUUUUGAUGAAUCCACACUAUUUAACAUAGCCUAACGAUUGUACAAUGAAUUUGCAAUCAUGGACUACAUGUUUAUGGCGAUUGUGUUACUUUUCCCCGAAUUAAACAACAUAAUCCCUAGGAUCAUGGCGUUUUGUACUAGCUUCGAACAAAAAUACAAUGAUCUUGAGAAUUGAUAUUCGGGGAAAAGUAGCACAAUCGUUAAUUGCAGGCUGGCUUCGACGAGAGUUUCUCUUAAUUCAUUCAUUCUACUCAUAAAUAAGAGCGAUUUGGUUGAUCAAGCGCAGAAUUAGGAUGAGGUGAGAAAGGAAUAUCUAUUUUUUACGAUAGGUACAUUAUACAAUAAUGAAUCCUCUACGGUCAUUUAUAUUAUAGUUGCACCUGUUCAGAGCUUAAGCGAGGAAUACACCAAAGGCAAAGUAAAUUUUUGAUCAAAGGCGAAAGUUUAGUUUUGUUUUUAUUUUGUUACAACUUUUUUUGCUUUUCUCUUGGAUUGUUGAAAUCUCAAAUAACCUAUGUAGAAAACGAAGUACGGAACUGUGAUCAAACGCCAGUCAGCGUGUGAAAAAAAGACAUUGAUUCGAAUCGUAGAACAUUCGUUGUGAGAAGAGUACCACAUUCGAUAAAAAAUCACGCGGUGAAGCAAAGAAGGGAACAGUUGUUUCUUAUUUGAGCCCCUCGCGUUUCUUUGUGUGAUGUUUCAUCGAGUCGCCUCUUCUUAUAUCGACGACUGCCUGUACAAUUAAGCUGAUAUCAUAUUGAUAUCGAUUGUGAUUGGGCCAAACACGUUCGCCAAUAAAUUGUUUCAUCAGCUACGCUGCAUGAUGACGAACCUUCUGGAGAGCAGAUUGAGGACAAUCAAGUUAUAUCUUGUUUGUGCACGAGAAAAACAUCGUUGUGUCGUUUCGUUUGUGUUUUAGAUUAAAGAAUUAAUGGGUUUCGUUUCGUUCAAAGUCAAGCACCAGAGAUCAGGUAAAACGUGAUAUUAGAAACAGAAGUUUUAUCGUUACUGCUUUCACGCGGAGUGAGUAAUACAAACAACACGUUACUAAGAAGUAAUACUAUGCAUUUAAUUUAGAAAUGGAGCAUAAACCAGGAAGAAAGGGAAUUGGUCUUUAUACUUAGCUGCACAACUAUUCCGAGAGACUAAAGGAGAACAAGGUUAUAGUUUUGCUCAAAGUCUUAGCACUUUUGGUUGAAGGGGUUGGAUUUCCUUCCUAGGUGAUUUGCGUUAGUUGUAGAGACAUCAAUCACACAUUAUUACAGUUGAACGCUUCGAAUCCUAAAUUAUGAAUGGCAAGGAAAAGGGAAAUCCAUAAGCUGUAGUAUUAUGUUUUACAUUAUACGACCUAUGCAACAAAGCAUGUUGGUACAAUGACUCAAUAAAACUAUGUAAAAAGUAAUUAAAAACAGUCAGAACUAUCAUGUUAGAAGUAUAAUAAAUGAAAGUCUAGUUUUGCUAAAA